AUGCCGGCACUCAACAUCACCGCGGAGCAGUUCUCCAGGCUGCUGAAUGCGCACAACCUGACUCGGGAGCAAUUCAUUCAUCGCUAUGGGCUGAGGCCACUAGUCUACACUCCCGAGCUGCCUGUGUGCGCUAAACUGGCCUUUGCGCUGGCGGGAGCACUCAUUUUUGCUCUGGCGCUCUUUGGCAACUCUCUGGUGAUCUACGUGGUGACCCGCAGCAAGGCUAUGCGCACUGUCACCAACAUCUUCAUCUGCUCCCUGGCACUCAGUGAUCUUCUCAUCGCCUUCUUCUGCAUCCCGGUCACGAUGCUCCAGAACAUCUCCGACAAGUGGCUGGGUGGUGCCUUCAUCUGCAAGAUGAUGCCAUUUGUCCAGUCCACAGCCGUUGUGACAGAAAUCCUCACUAUGGCCUGCAUUGCUGUUGAGAGGCACCAAGGACUUGUCCAUCCUUUUAAAAUGAAGGGGCAGUACACCAACCGAAGGGCUUUCACAAUCUUGGGUGUGGUCUGGUUGGUGGCCAUCAUCGUAGGAUCACCCAUGUGGCAUGUGCAAAGACUUGAGAUUAAGUAUGACUUCCUAUAUGAAAAAGAACAUGUCUGCUGCUUGGAAGAGUGGGCCAGCCCUGUGCACCAGAAAAUCUACACCACCUUCAUUCUUGUCAUCCUCUUCCUCCUGCCUCUGGUGGUGAUGCUCGUCCUCUACAGUAAGAUCGGGUAUGAACUCUGGAUCAAGAAAAGAGUUGGAGACAGUUCAGUGCUUCAGACUAUUCAUGGAAAAGAAAUGUCCAAAAUAGCCAGGAAGAAGAAGCGUGCUGUGGUUAUGAUGGUGACAGUGGUGGCUCUCUUUGCUGCGUGCUGGGCACCUUUCCAUGUUGUUCACAUGAUGGUUGAAUACAGUGAUUUUGAAAAAGAAUAUGAUGAAGUCACAAUCAAGAUGGUUUUUGCUGUAGUACAAAUAAUUGGGUUUUUCAACUCCAUCUGUAAUCCCAUUGUAUAUGCAUUUAUGAAUGAAAACUUCAAAAAGAAUUUUUUGUCUGCUGUUUGUUAUUGCAUAAUAAAAGAAAAGUUUUCUCCAGUGCGGAAGCACAGAAGUUCAGUGACACAGAAAAGAACCACGUUAUCAAGACAACAGCAUCCAGUAGAGAAAACCAAGAGAGAUGCAUUCAGCGAUACCAACAUCGAAGUGAAACUGUGUGACCGGCUGGGGGAGAAAAGGCAGCUCAAGCGACAGCUCGCUUUCUUCAGUUCUGAACUUUCUGAAAAUUCAGUUUUAGGCAGUGGACAUGAAUUGUAACGUUGUCUUCAUAAUUAAUAUCAUUUGUGUGGAAAGUUAUUUUGAGCAAAGGUCAAAGACUA